AUGUCCAGCCUACCCCCGACCCUCCGCAUCGGCAUCGACGUUGGCGGCACAAACACCGACGGCGUCCUCCUCGACCCCUCCGUGUCCGACGACCCCACCCGUGCCAUCCUCUCCUGGCACAAGUCCCCCACCACUUCCGAUCCGACCAUCGGGAUCCAUGUCGUCCUCUCUACUCUCCUCACCCAAGCCAACGUUGACCCCGCCCGCAUCGCGAGCGUCACAAUCGGUACCACUCACUUCAUCAACGCAGUCGUUGAGCAGGACCGCGCCCGACUUGCGCCUGUCGCCGUCUUCCGCCUCUGCGGGCCCUUUUCGCGUGAUGUACCCCCAGCCAUCGACUGGCCCGAGUCCCCCACUGAGCGCCUUCGCUCCAUCAUCUGCGCCCACUCCGCAUUUUUAGACGGCGGCCUCGAGGUCGACGGCGAGCCCAUCAUGGAUGUCCGCGAGGAUCAGGUCGCGGAGCAGUGUGCGCUCAUCAAGGCGAAGGGCAUCCGGUCCGUCGUCGUUAACGGCGUCUUUGCUCCCGUGGACAUCAGUGGGAAGGAGAGUCAAGAGGAGCGCGUCGGUGCCUGGAUCACGAAGUACUAUCCCGAGGCAGACGUUGUCCUCUCCAAGCACGUCGCCACCCUCGGCUUCCUCGAGCGCGAAAACGCUGCCCUCCUCAACGCUUCUAUCCGUCCCUACGCGCGCACCACUAUCGCCGCUUUCCAGCGCGCAGUCGCUCAGCGCCUCCACCCCGGCUGCCCGGUCUUCCUCACUCAGAACGACGGCACCAUUCUCUCCGCCGCGCGUGCUGCACACCUCCCGAUCCGUACCUUCUCCAGCGGACCCACGAACUCCAUGUGCGGAGCUGCAUUUCUGGUGCGCGGCAUGCGUGCGGGCGCGGAGGAUGAGGGCGUGAAGGGCCCUAUGCUCGUGGUCGAUAUCGGCGGAACGACGACGGACGUGGGGAUGUUGCUCCCCAGCGGGCUCCCGCGCCAGGCAGCCGCCAUCACCACGAUCGCGGGCAUCCGGGUCAACUUCUCCUGCCCCGACGUGCAGAGUAUCGGGCUCGGUGGUGGCUCAAUCGUGCGCACGACGCCGACGGGGACGAUGACGAUCGGGCCAGACUCGGUGGGACAUCGCAUUCACGAGCGUGCACUUGUCUUUGGGGGCGACAUUCACACCGCAACCGACUACGCCGUCGCCAUCGCUGCGGCCUCAUCCGUCUCCGCCUCUACUUCUUCUACCUCCUUGGCACCUUCCUCAGACCUUGCCAUCGGCACACCCGCACUGGCCACUGCUGUGCUCCCUGUUCCCGCCCUUCCGCAAUACACGCGCGCGGUACGGCGCAUGCUUGAGGGAGUCAUUGAUCGCAUGAAGACAAGUGCGGCGGACGUGCCGGUGUUGCUCGUCGGCGGCGGUGCGGUGCUUGCACCGAAUACAUUGAAGGGCGCGAGUCGUAUCCUGCGCUCACCAUUAGGAGGCGUUGCAAACGCCGUCGGGGCCGCGAUCGCGCGGGUUUCGGGGACGGUGGACACAGUCGUGAACACAGUGGAUAGGACACCGCAACAGAUCGUGGACGACGUCACAAGCGUGGCGGUGGCGCGCGCGGUCGCGAACGGCGCGGUGCACGGGACAGUUGAGAUUGCGGAGAUGGAGAUGAUUCCCCUCGCUUACGUCGCGAACCGCGCACGCGUUGUCGCCAAGGCCAUCGGUGACUUUGACUUUUCGAGGCCCGAUGCGGGCGCGUCGCUUCUCGACUCUCCAGACUCUGAAGCGGACGCCGCGCUGCAGCAUUCCGAAAGGGCCAACGACAUCAUCGACAAGGAUCCUCUCCAACCUUGCACCACAGCGAAUGUAAAAGCAGACGCUCCUAGCACCAGCACCAGCGCGACCCCGACUGCGGCGCUUGACAUUGUCUCUUACACCCCGACAGUUACCCGCGCGCGCGAAUGGAUCGUUUCGGAGACCGAUUUGGAGUGGAUCGCAGACGGAUGCUACAUCCUCGGCACUGGCGGCGGCGGUACCCCAUACCCGGACCUUGUGCACCUGCGCCAGCUGAUGCGCCGCGACGGUGCUGUCGUGCGCGUCGUCGCGCCGCAGGACCUUAAAGACGACGCAGUCGUGGCAUGUGGGGGUGGCAAGGGAAGCCCGACGGUUGGGAUGGAAAAAUUGCCGGCGAACGAGAUGAUGGAGGCGCAAAAUUUGGUGUACGCUCAACUUGGGUACAAGCCGGAUGCGGUGAUCGCACUCGAGAUCGGUGGCGGGAACGGGCUUCAAGGCAUGCUCUUGGGCGCGUCAACAAACAUGAACAUCCCUACCGUGGACGGAGACUGGAUGGGCCGCGCGUACCCCGUAUCUUGGCAGAUCACGCCUGUCGCGUUGAGCGGUGAGAAGGCGCACUUCCUUCCUACCGCCAUUUCGGACGGAAAAGGCAACCACAUGCUGAUGACGUCUGCGACGAGCGAGCGAAUGAUCGAGCGCGCGUUCCGCGCCGCGCUCUCUGAAAUGGGCAGCUAUGUCGGUUGCGCCAAGGGCCCGUGCUCGGGGCGAGCGACCAAGGAGUGGGUCGUCGAGAACACGAUCUCGCUCGCGUGGCGCAUCGGUCGUGCGGUCGCGUUAUGCCGCGCGCGCGGUGAGAUCGAUAGCGUCGCGGACGCGAUCAUCGACCAGGUCGGCGGACAUGACGCCGCGAAACUCCUGUUUAGGGGUAAGAUCGUCGCCGUAGAGCGUAAACUCAUCAAAGGACACGUGUAUGGGGAGGUUGUCAUCGCGGCCGUCGCAGACGACGUGGUUUCCGGCGCGCAGGCGACGCGCGUGUUCACAGGCAAGAUGAAGAUCCCGUUCAAGAACGAGAAUAUCGUUGCGCGCGUCGUAGACGUAGACCCCGCAACGGGCGCAGAGCGCGAGACGGUCGUCGCGAGCGUGCCGGACCUGAUCUGCGUGUGCGAUGCAGGCACGGGUGCGGCGAUCGGGACGCCCGAGUACAGGUACGGGCUGCUGGUGAGCGUGCUUGGGAUCCAGGCGUCGGACAAGUGGACGUCGACGGCGCGCGGGAUCGAGAUCGGGGGCCCCGCCGCGUUUGGGAUGGACGAUGUCGAGUAUCGGCCGCUCGGGGUGUUCAGGACGCCGCGGAGCGUGAUCGACGAGUAUCAGCCCCGGUAA